CCGAUGCUGUUCUCUCCAGCCCUCUCGCUGAUUCUUCUCCCACAUGUAUUAUCCCUCCGUUUCACCUCCAAUUAUAGGUUUCCUUAUUCCUUUGUGCGCGCGCGACACACCCAAAUCUCUCUUUUGAUCUAAUCUUUUUAUUCAUAUUGGGUGUUUAAUCAUGGGUCGAAAAGAUAUGAGGUUGGAUGGAACAUAGAAUGAACGAGCGCUUGGGGGGGGCGAUGGUUGUCGGUGCAGCACGUGUAGCCGGCAACUGAGAGAGUUGACGGAGAAGAGGGAAUCGUUGCAGGCGGUGACAGCGGUACCGGAGGCGAGAAAAAGUCCGUGGCCAGGACCAGUAUUUGGUUGAGAGCGAAUUGGGAGAGCCAGGGGCGAGGGAGCUUGGUAAGACUUUGACGUAGAAGAGGUCAUCGGCGCCGGAGGUGACAGCGGUGACGGAGGCGAUCGAAAUUUGGCGGGUUUGAGUGCGUUGGAGGGUGAAAUUUUUGCCUUCAAGACUCUGGAAUGUAAGAUUUUGGAGUUCAAAACAUAUAUCCUUUUCCUUGCAGUAAGAUUUUCCUCUGGAAGCUAGUGUGCUUGGCCUUCUGUAUAGUAUGGAGCAAGAAGGAAAGGACACUGAGAAUCCUCCAGAUGUAUCUUCUACACCUGAGUUACUGGAAAAGGAUGACAACAGGAAGGAUGCUGAAUCAUCAGAGAAAAAUCACGGCAAGAAGGAUGCAGAGUCAUCAGAAAAGGAUGACUGCAAGAAGGAUGCAGAAUCAUCAGACAUGGAUAACAACACGAAGGAUGCAGAGUCGUCAGAAAAGGAUAGCAGCAAGAAGGAUGUAGAGUCGUCUGAAAAAGAUAGCAGUAAGAAGGGGGCAGAGUCAUCAGAAAAAGUUAACAAAAUGAGCGAUGAAGAGAUUGCACCUGAAGGAACUAGUGAACCAGAUUCCAGUGACAAGAAUACCUCACAACAGUUAAAGGUCCAACCUAGAACUGUGAAGAAGUCUCCAGCUGGGAGAUUCAAGACCAAAAAGACUAAAGGUGCUCUAGGGGAUACAGGGAAUAUGGAGCAACAAGAAAGUAGGAAGGAUGCUGAGAAAUCUUCUGAUGUGUCUUUUAGAUCUGAGUCCUUAGAAAAUGUUAACAGCAAGAAAGAUGCAGAGUUGUCAGAAAAGGAUAACAGCAAGGAUGCAGAGUCAUCAGAAGUGGAUAACAGCAAGAAGGAUGUUCAGUCAUCAGAAAAGGAUAACAGCAAGAAGGAUGCAUGUUCAUCUGAAAAAGAUAACAGUAAGAAGGAUACAGAGUCGUCAAAAAAGGAUAAUAAAAUGAAGGAUGCAGAGAUUACACCUGAAGGAACUAGUAAACCAGGAUCAUGUGACAAGAUUACCCCACAACAGUUAAAGGCCCGACCUAAAAUUUUGAAGAAGUCUCCGGCUGCGAGAUCAAAGACCAGGAAGACUAAAGGUGCUCAAGGGGACACAGGGAAUGUGGAGCAAGAAGAAAGUAGGAAGGAUGCUGGGAAUUCUCCAGAUGUGUCUUUUAAGUCCGAGUCUUCAGAAAAUGUUAACAGCAAGAAGGAUUCAGAGUUGUUAGAAAAGGAUAACAGCAAGGAUGCAGAGUCAUCAGAAAAGGAUAAUAGCAAGAAGGAUGCAGAGUCUUCGGAAAAGGAUAACAGCAAGAUGGAUGCAUUUUUAUCAGAAACGGAUGACAGCAAAAAGGAUGCAUGUUCAUCAGAAAAAGAUAACAGUAAGAAGGAUACAGAGUCAUCAAAAAAGGAUAAUAAAAUGAAGGAUGCAGAGAUUACACCUGAAGGAACUAGUAAACCAGGAUCAUGUGACAAGAUUACCCCACAACAGUUAAAGGCCCGACCUAAAAUUUUGAAGAAGUCUCCGGCUGCGAGAUCAAAGACCAGAAAGACUAAAGGUGCUCAAGGGGACACAGGGAAUGUGGAGCAAGAAGAAAGUAGGAAGGAUGCUGAGAAUUCUCCAGAUGUGUCUUUUAAGUCUGAGUCUUCAGAAAAUGUGAACAGCAAGAAGGAUUCAGAGUUGUUAGAAAAGGAUAACAGCAAGGAUGCAGAGUCAUCAGAAAAGGAUAAUAGCAAGAAGGAUGCAGAGUCUUCGGAAAAGGAUAACAGCAAGAUGGAUGCAUUUUUAUCAGAAACGGAUGACAGCAAGAAGGAUGCAUUUUCAUCUGAAAAAGAUAACAGUAAGAAGCAUAUAGGGUCGCUAGAAAAAGAUAACAAAAUGAACGAUGCAGAGGUUAUACCCGAAGGAACUAGUAAUCCAGGUUCAUGUGACAAGAAUACCCCACAACAGUUAAAGGCUCAACCUAAAAUUUUGAAGAAGUCUCCAGCUGCGAGAUCAAAGACCAGAAAGAAUAAAGGUGCUCAAGGGGACACAGGGAAUGUGGAGCAAGAAGAAAGUAGGAAGGAUGCUGAGAAUUCUCCAGAUGUGUCUUUUAAGUUUGGGUCUUCAGAAAAUGUUAACAGCAAGAAGGGUGCAGAUUCAUCAGAAAAAGAUAGCAUGAAGGAUGCCGAGAAUUCCUCUAGAGGAUCUAGUCGACCAGGGUCAAGUGACAAGAAUGACCCUCAAUCAUUAAAGGCUAAACCAAAAAUUACCAAGAAGUCUCUGGUUAGUGGAUUUAAGACCAGAAUGAGUAAAGGUGUUCAAGGAGAAACUGGCAAUAUGGGGCAAGAAGAAAGCAGGAAGGACACUGAAAAUUCUCUGAAUAUGUCUCCUGAUUUGUCAAAAGUAGAUAAAAUCAAGAAAGAUACAGAGUCAUCAGAAACAGACUACAUCAAGGAUGCAGAGAAUGCCCCCAAUGAAUCUAAUCAACCAGAGGCAAGUGACAAGAAUUCCCCACGACCAUUAAGGGCCAAAUCUAAAAUUGUCAAGAAGUCUCAGGUUGGUGGAUCUGGGGCCAAAAAGAUUAAUGGCGUUCAAGGGGACACUACAAAUAAGGAGCAAGAAGAAAGGAGGAAAGACAGUGAGCAUCCACCAAAUGUGUCUUCUAGAUCUGAGCCAUCAGACAAAGAAAAGAAGGAUGCUGAGAAUCCUCCUGUAGGAUCUAGCAAAAUUGAGUCAAGUGACAAGAAUACCCCACGAUCAUUAAAGGCCAACCCUAAAAUUGUGAAGAAAUCUCAGGCCAGUAAAUUCAAGACCAAUAAGAAUAAAGUUGCUCAGAAGAUUUGGGAAAAACAAAGGAGGAAGAAUAAGAAAUUGUUGGGAAACUCUGAUAAAAGAAUUUCACAAGGCAUCGGGCAGAAGAGAAUUCCUGAUAAACUGCCUGAGAAGAGCCAUAGGGAUGAGAGCAAUAAGGUGGACAGGCAGAAUAGGAACAAUGGUGACAAAAUGCUUGGCAAGAAGAAUAAAGGGAAACAUGCAGAUUUAACUAUGGGUGCCAUGAGUAAAAAGAGUAAAGGUAGGGAUGGUGGAAUUAGAAAGAUUCAAUCAAAUGAGAAAAACAGAGAAAAGCUUGGUGGCUUAAUCUUUAUGUGCAAUGCAAAGACUAAACCCGAUUGUUUCCGUUAUCAUGUCAUGGGUGUUUCAGCUGGUAAAAAAGAUGUUGUUUUUGGAAUCAAGCCAGGGCUGAAGCUUUUUCUGUAUGAUUUUGAUCUUAAGCUGUUGUAUGGGAUCUACAAGGCAACAUCUUCUGGUGGCAUGAAACUUGAAACGAGAGCUUUUGAGGGUUUGUUUCCUGCUCAGGUGCGAUUCUCCGUUGACAAGGAUUGUUAUCCACUACCUGAGAGCAUUUUCAAAAGGGCUAUUAAGGAAAACUAUAAUGAAAAGAAUAAGUUCAAAACAGAACUUACUGUCAGACAAGUUAGGAAGCUAACGGAGCUAUUCCGACCACUAGAAGUUCAUUCUACUUUGCGCUCUGCCCGCUCCCCUCCAAAGGUGAUUGUCAGGGACAGGGAAGUUCGUGAUGUUGCAAGGGGAUCAAGGCCACAUUCCUACAUGGAAAGACCUGCCAGAGAAUAUUUUGCCAAUAGCCAUGUCAGUAGUUAUAAUGUGCUUCCUGAUGAAAGAGAUCACCGGAUUGGACGGAGAGAGGAAGUUACCAACCGAAUUGAACGUAGAGAGGAAGCUCCUCGUGAUUUAUUUCUUACUGAAAGGGACUAUCGAGCGUAUGGUUUGCAAGGAGAUAGAAGUGUUGUAAAUCCUCCAUCUCAUGUGCAUCCUAGGUUGGAUCGUUAUGAGAGAGAUUAUGAAAGGGAUCACCGUCAACACCUGGGCCCUAUCUACAGGGACAAUGUCCCUGUACAUGCUGAAACACUUCGCCCUGAUCCUCCUUAUUUGGAUGAGAUCAAAUAUCAAGCCUACAGUCGUGGUGCAAGACUUGACUUUGCAAAUGAUCCAUAUCAUCAUGCCUAUCACCACGGUAGUUCGUCAAGGGACUCGUAUAUACCACCACCACUGAGCAGAGAGGAAAUCCGUUCAAGUUCAUAUUUGACAGGUGAAAGAACCUUGGCUAGGGCUGAAGACCUUCGGAGGAGAGAAACUGGUCAAGAUAGGCGAUACUCGACUUUUGCUGCUGAAGCUGUGUCAGAAUAUAACAGGACUCAGCACUACAAUGGGUCCAGGCGAGAGAACGCGCCAAUCCCAGUUUCAUCUCGUUAUUCCUUCGCUGGCCCUUCCUAUUCAUAUCGCUAACUUGAAUGUGCAUAUUUACUUUGUCAAGAUUUUCUGAAGAUUAUUUUCCUUGAUAUUCAGUACCUGUUUUGUUUCUUUGAAGAUUAUUGUCCUUGAAAACAUUGUAGCAGUCUUAAAGAUUUACUGUCAAUUAGACUCGCCAAGAAUCUUGUUUGUAUCACUGGCUUCUUCGGUGGCUGUGAAUUUUGGGAGUUUAGUCAAGGAAGAUACUUGGCAACA